AUGGAAGAUAUUCAAAUCACUACAAUAGAAAGUGAGACUGGCAGGAAGUUAGUAUGAGUUUAAGUCUAUGUAGGCUAAAUAUUCAAUGAGAUCCAUGGCUUUACCAAAGAUUUCAAUUGCAAAGUAACUGCCGUAUUUAAGUGGAUUGGAUGAUGUGAGUAUGCCCAAACGCUAUAACAGACAAUAUUACAAGAUCCAAUAACCAACUAAAGAAAAGGAUCUCAUUAAUGAUGUUAAAUGAAUUGAAUAUAUUGAUUAGAAAGAGGUGUUUGGGAGUCUUACAUAUAAUAAUGAGGAACCUUAUGAAGAUCGUAAACCUAAAGAGUUGGUAGGUGAGGAUGCAUACAGAUCCUAUUACCAUACAUUUAAAAAUAUAAAGAGAAUUUUGGAAUAGAACUAAUUUGAGAAUAUAUAAAGUAUUUAAAGAUUAUCAUAAAUAAUAGAUUCUGUAUAGACUAAUUUGAUAUAGAGAUCUGAAAGAUUAAAGAUAUUACCAUGUAAAAUGGGUUUAAUUAAAUUGAAAGGUGAUCGUAAUUCACUUUCUAUACAGAACUAAAAAUUUGGAGAUAAAUAUGUGGAAAUGCUUUCAGAAGGACUUAGAAUAUUACCAGCUAUAUAAGAUUUUAAUUUUAAUCAUAAUAGAAUUAAAGAAUAUGGAGCUUCAUAAUUAAUGCCUUUAAUUAGUAAAUAAGCAAGGAAAAUUGAAUUUUAAACAAAUUUAAUUGGAGAGAAAGGUUUAGAUUCAAUUUUAAAAAUAUUACCAUUAUAAUAAUGCAAGUAAAUUGAUAUAUAAUAUAAAGGAUUUAGAUUUUGAAUUUAGAAGAUAAUAAUUUAGGAGAUUAAUUAAUAAUUGAAUUAUGUAAAGCAAUGAGCAAGAAUCUUUCAGUUGAAACUUUAAAUAUAUCAAAAAAUAAAAUAACAAAUAAUGCACAUUAAAGUUUAAAAUAAUUAAUAGAAUCUAAUGAUACAUUAUUAGAAUUAUAUUUACGUUGGAAUUCAAUUAAAGGUUCUGGUGGUGUAGAAAUAUUUAAAGCAUUAUAAACUAAUAAAAAUAUUAAAGUAUUAGAUUUUUCAUAUAAUUUACUUGGAUGUGGUAAUGUAAUUGCUCCAGCAUUAAAAGAUUUUAUUGUUGAAAAUAAAUCUAUUUAACAUUUAGAUUUAUCAGCUAAUAGUUUUACUUUUACAGAUUGUACUAUUAUAUAAGAAGCAUUGAAAUAAAAUCAUUCAAUUUAUGGAUUUCAUUUUAGAGGAAAUUUUGGAUUUAUUGAUUCAAAAGGAUUUUUAAUUAUUGAUUCUAGUAUGAAGAAUUUCAAUUCAAUACAUAUUGAAUAACGUAUAAAAGGAGUUAUGCCACAUCCUAAACCUUAUGAUCAUGCAUCAAGAUUUGAAAAAGUUAAAGAUGUUUGUUGGAUAUGUGAUUGUUGGUAAAUGGCUACUUUUGAAUGGAUUCCAAGUAUAAAUAUUAUAUUUAUAUAUUAUAUAGAUUAAAGUGGAGCUUGUUCUGAUGAACCUAUAUUUAUUCAUUUUGAUUAUGAAGGUUAUGAACCUAUCUUUUUAGGAAAACCUGAUUAGCAUGGUCAUUUUAGAACUCAUCGAAUGAUUCCAACUGGAGAUAUUGAAUACUUUUAUACUGCCAAUGCUAUAUAAAUUGCUAGUCAAUCUGUUCCUAUAAAAUAACAUAUUGAGAAAUUCAGAACUAAAGUUAGCAUAGCUGAUUAGGUUCUCAAUCUCUUCAUCAUUAGGUUGUGAAUGUGUUAAUUGAUGAAACCAAUUUUGAAUCAUAUCCUAAAUCCAAACCUGUUAUUGAAGAUUGGUAUCCAAAUUAUGAUGUUUUACCAAGAACAUAAGAUCCUAUCUAUAUUCCUGCCAAAAGGAAAAAAUAAAAAAGAAUUUGGACAUAUCCAAUAUCAAUAUGGGCUCCAAAAUAUAAAUUUGAUACAGAAGAUUUAUUAAGGAAAUGUUUUGAACGUGAUUGGUAAUGUUGUAAAAUUUCUAAGUUUGUUAAAAAAUAAGAAGAAUAAGAUUAAGUUAAAGAACUCUUAUGGUAAGCAUAUAAACCAAUGAGAGAAACAUAUAGAUUUUAUGCUAGUGUAAAUCCAACAGGAGAUGUAUUUUCAAUGUCUGUUAAUCCAACAUCUGAUUUUGUAAAUCAAUGUUAAUUAAUUGAUUAAAAAUAAUUAAAAUUAGCUGAUGUAGAUCUUAAAUUUAUUGCAACUUGUAGUGCAUCUUCUAUUGAUUAUAAGGGUAAUUAUAGAAAUCCAGAAAGAUCAUUGGUUAGAUAUUAAAUGAUGGAAUUCUUAGUUAGAGUUUCAGAUGAUAAAUAUAUGAGAUUUAAUCCAUAAAUUAAUAUUGUUUAAGCUACUAAAAUGAUUUUAGAUUAAUGUAUGCCACAUAUGUCAUAAUUUGAUUGUCAUAAAUGGAGAGCAGAAAGAUAUUUUAUAGAAUAAUGUGAUGAUGUAUGUAAAAAAUAUAAAUGGGUUUUUGAUUAUGUUUAUAUGAGAAAUUCAUCUAAAAAAGUUAAACCAGGUUAACCACCAUUUAUGUGUUUAGAUGAACUUAAAGAUAUUUGCAAUAAAGCUAAUUUAUAUGAUGAAAAUUUUGUUGAAAGAGAUGUAAAUCUAGCAUUCAAUUUAUCAAUGUUGACAUAAGUUGAUGAAUUAGAAAGUGAUAGAUUAUUUUAAAUGUAAUGGAUUGAAUUUAUGGAAGCUAUAGCAAGAAUAGCAGAAAAAUAUUCUCCUAUUGCUAUUGGAAAGAAAGAUGAAGUAUUUAUGAUAUUUGAUAAAGCUAGAAAGAAUGGAAUUAUGAAUUGAGAUCUUAAUAACCAUUAUAUUAUAAAUUAGAAGCUUUUAUGAUACAUUUAAUAAAUACCUUAGUUGAUGAAGAAACAAAAAAGAAUUGGAAAUAACCUACAAUUUCAAUGUUUGAUGAAAUUGAAGAAGAUGAAUAUUAUUGA